UAGCAAAUAUUAAAGAUUUCAAAACUUACCAUUUUCGUUGCUCAAAUGUAAACAAAGAAAUAAAAUGGUGAGCUGUCAGUGAAAACUCAGCGAGAACACAAAUUGUCGGUCCGAACGACCUACACAACAUACAAUGUGCAGAGAUAAAGAGAUCCCCAACUCAACUGUCACUGGAAAUGUGAGAGCCGCUCACCUACCGAACUUUGACAGUUGACUGGAUUGGGUAGGUGUUGACGUUUCGCUAUUGGAAGAAAAGAGACGACCGGAUUGAAAUCCCGCCAAAAUAAUAUUAGAAUGGAGGAAUUCGUAACGGCCAUCGUUUCUUGGCAGAAAAAAGAAUUAGUAAAAAGUGAAGUGGUGAAGAACAGGUGAAUAGUGAGUGAAGUGAGUGAAAAUUGUUUAAAUAUACAAAUUAUAACAAAUAUAAAUUAGCAAAUAUAAACCGAAAAUGCCGAAAACACCAAUGUGGAAAAAGUGCAUUGUGGGCUGCAGCGAGGGAAAUACCGUAUUUAGAUUUCCCAACGAGGGAUCGGAUCUCGAACGGUAAGUAAUUUUAAAUAGACUAUAAAUAGUGCAAAAAGUGACUGAAUAAUGUAUUAUAAAAAUCGGGUGUUUCUUUAAAAAACAGAAAAAGUGUAAUAGAAUUAUCGAUACAUUUCGAUAUUUUGAAAUUUAAUUUUUUAAAUAUUUAAAUGUAACGAAUGUACCGGUUCAUUUGAAUAGAUAUGUUUAUAUGUUUGGUAUUUUUGCACUAUAUGUAAUAUAUGUAGUUAUUUUAUAUUUUUAUAUUCUUCCUUUUUAUUUUAAAUAGACGUAAAUGUUGGCUCAACCGUUUAGGUGUUUCCAAUGAAACACGUAAACAUAUUUUUGCCUGUGAGCGGCAUUUUUCGGCAAAAAUGCGCCUUGAAAAGCGAUUGCGUUCGAGGGCCGUUCCCGAUAUCAAUUUAAAAGUUGAGCCUACAUUUGACGUCCCAAAUUCUGAUGUAAAUGAUACAAUUUAAUUGGGUUUCGAGGAUUUUGCUCCCCAAGUUGAAGAAGCUGUCUCAAAUGCACACAAUGCAUCGAGACAGCUUUUUCCAAUUAUUGAAAGUGAGAUAGAAGAUGAAAUUUUAGAGCCUCUUCCAUUUUUUGAGGAGGAUAUAUCUCUUAAUUUUGAUAAGGCCGCGCAAACAGGUAGGGGUCUGACAGCAGGUACAGAAAGGAAGAAGAAAUUGAGGGAAGAGAAUAGGGUUUUGAAAAUAAAGUUAGAAGAAAAAGAGCAGGAAAAUAGGAGUUUAAAGGCCCAGUUAGUUGAAAUGGCCGCAGAGUUAGAAAGAUGUAGGGAACAGCUAAGGAAUAGCUCAUUUAGGGAACAGUCAGACCCUCUUUCUUUAGUUUGUAGUAAAGUUCCUCCUCAGUUAGGUGCUUGCAUUAGGAGUAGUUUUAUAAAUAGUAAUCGCCGUACCCAUGGACGGCGAUAUGACAAUUUUUUUAAAACGAUAGCUUCGGGUGUUUUUUUUCUAUCGCCAGUUGCUUAUUGGCACUUAAAGCUCCAAUUAGAUUUUCCAUCCGAAAGUACUUUGGAAAACUUUGUUACAGACUGGCCCCGUUUCCCAGGUUGCACCCAAAGUAGCAUAAAAUCGUUAGAGAUUAGGAGUAGGGGAUUCACUUUCGAACAAAAGUUCGUGUCGGUUUCAUGUGAUGAAAUGUCACUGAAAUGUCAUUUGCAGUAUGAUAGGAAAUUCGAUAGGGUGAUAGGUAUUGAGGAUUAUGGCGAUGAAAAUCGCACUUCUAGAUUAGCAACUACUGCAAUGACUAUAAUGGUGCAAGGUAUAGGUGGAGAGCCUUGGUCCCACCCAUUCGCUUACUUUUUCGUAAAAGGUUCCUGCAAAGGGGAUGUCCUCAAGAAAUACAUUUUUGAAGCCAUUACCCAACUGCAAAAUAUAGGACUAAUUCCUUGCCAUUUUGUUUGCGACCAGGGCACCAAUUUUCAGAAUUUCGCUAGUUUGUUAGGUGUUUCAGCGUCACGGCCUUUUUUUAAUGUUAAUGGCAAGGAAGUGUAUUUUUUUUACGAUAGCCCCCAUUUGAUAAAAAGUAGUCGUAACUGUUUACAAAAUUUAAAAAAUACGGUUUUCUUUCAAAAUAGUCGGGUAAGUUGGUCGGAUAUUGUUCAUUUUUAUGAAACCGACUCUAAGUCGAGUUAUCGGUGUGCGCAUAAAUUAACCGAUGCUCAUAUUUAUCCAAGGUUAAAUUCGCGUCUCAAGUAUUGAGUAAUACGGUCGCUUCUGGUAUGUUGUCCCUAUAUAGCUCGGGAGCCUUAAGCUCGAAUCUACUAUUCGAGCUUUAUUAAUACCGCGGAAUUCGUUUCGUUUUUUAAUAAAUUAUUCGAUAUUUUAAAUAGCAGUUUCGAUGAGGCUGUUGUACCCACUAAAAAAGUGUUUGUAGGUUCCCCUGAACAGUUAGAGUUUUUAAAUGAGGCAGAACAAGUUUUAAAAACAAUUCGGGUCGUAGACGAUUUAGGAAGCAACACAACUAAUAAUUUUAAUUUUAUAAAGGGGUGGGUGUUAAACAUUAACAGUUUAAGACGAUUGUGGCGAUUUUUGUCACACUCAGGUUUUCCGUACUUGAAGACGAGACGACUAUGUCAGGACAGUUUAGAACAUUUUUUUGGGCAGAUUCGAAGCAGAGGAGGUACUAGAGUAACGCCCUAUAUGUUCUCUAGUUUGGUUAGGAAAUCAUGGGGCUUACGUUACGUAAACGUCGUAACAAAAGGAAACUGUGAGCUGCCUUUAGAAUCUGAUGCUACAGUAAUUUCGGAACAUAGUAAUAAUGUUCUACUUAAUGUGUGUAAUGAUUCACUAUUGAAUGACCUUUCUUGGCAGGAUUUUCAAGGUUUACCACGGCCUGAGCACUCUCUCGUUAGAUCAAUCGCAUUAGAUAGUAGUUUAGAAAUUAAUUUUUUGAAAGAAAAUGCGUUUAGCUACUUUUGCGGCUAUUUUUAUUUAAAAAUUUUCAAACUGCACACAUGUUCCCUGCCUUUACCAUAUUUAGGAGAUGAAAUUCCUUCGGACGAAUUCAUCUUCAUGCAUCAAAAUCAAAUAGACAAAAGCAACUUAGUCAAGCCGCCUGAGGAUUUUAUUGCAUUUGUAAAAAUUUUGGAAACAAAAUUUUUAGAAGAAUUCGACAGUAAUUGUCAUAAAAUAGGAUUAAAAGAUAUUCUUUUUAAUAAAAUGAAAGAUG